UGGGAGCGUACAGUCUGGUUAAAGAUGAUGCAGGAAAAAGUAGUGACAGUGGGUAUAAUGUCUUUCUGUUUAAUAUAGGCCAAGAGUCAACUAUUGCAGACAAACACAUUUUGUCAGAAAUAUGGAGGAAUAGAAGGUUGAUGGCAUCACCUAAUGAAACACAUGAACAAAAGAACUGUACAGAGCCAGCCAUUAAUGAAUUUCCUGAAGAUUUAUUUACAAAUAAAGAACGGCAGCAAGGAGGAAUUCUGCUUCAUAUCAUUGCUGCUCUUUAUAUGUUCUAUGCUUUGGCUAUAGUAUGUGAUGACUUCUUUGUUCCAUCCUUAGAGAAAAUUUGUGAGAAAUUACAUUUGAGUGAAGAUGUUGCUGGAGCCACAUUCAUGGCAGCAGGGAGCUCCACUCCAGAACUGUUUGCAUCUGUAAUAGGUGUAUUUAUCACCCAUGGAGAUGUAGGAGUAGGGACCAUUGUUGGUUCAGCAGUUUUCAACAUUCUUUGCAUUGUUGGUGUCUGUGGAAUAUUUGCAGGACAGGUGGUUUGUCUCACGCAGUGGGCUGUGUUCCGAGACUCUGUGUACUACACGAUAUCUGUGGUCAUACUUAUUGUUUUCAUAUAUGAUGAGAAAAUAGAAUGGUGGGAAAGCCUUGUACUCAUCAUUAUGUAUUCAUUCUACAUACUUAUCAUGAAAUACAAUGUGAGGAUGCAAACAUUUUUCACCCUUAGAAGCAAGAACGUUGGAAAUGGUGACACAGUCAGCAAUGAACUGGAAGAUGGUAAUAAAUGUUAUGCCUCUAGUUGUGAUGACCCAUCCAUUCCAUUACUAUGGAAAGUGAAAGGGAUGCAGCAGUAUGGCAAAAACAGUGUUGUGAUGGUGGAUGAGAUCAUCUGCUCCAGUCCCCCUAAAUACCGGUUCCCUGAAGCUGGAUUGCGGAUUAUGAUUACAAAUAAAUUUGGACCACGCACCAGAAUGCGCAUGGCAAGCCGACUCAUCAUUAAUGAGCGCCAGCGGUUAAUCCAGUCUGCCAAGGGCUCAAACAAACCACUGCAGAAUGGGAGACAUAAGAAUAUUGGAAAUGGGAACAUCCCUGUGGUGAACCAACCGGAGGAAAAUGAACAGGACAGUCUAUCUCCCUUUUCAUUGCCAGGUGGAAGAAUGAACAAAAUUAAAUGGAUUUUGACGUGGCCGUUGAUAUUAGUGCUCUUUUGCACCAUUCCCAACUGCAGCAAACCACGGUGGGAGAAGUGGUUUAUGGUCACAUUCGUCUUUUCCACUCUGUGGAUCGCCUUGUUCUCCUACUUCAUGGUGUGGAUGGUGACCGUGAUUGGAUACACCCUUGGGAUACCAGAUGUGAUCAUGGGCAUUACUUUCCUAGCUGCGGGAACAAGCGUCCCAGACUGCAUGGCCAGCUUAAUAGUAGCAAGACAAGGCCUUGGCGACAUGGCAGUAUCCAACACAGUAGGGAGCAAUGUCUUUGACAUUCUGGUGGGCCUUGGUGUUCCUUGGGGUUUGCAAACCAUGGCCAUUGACUAUGGGUCAACUGUUAGGAUAAACAGCAAAGGACUGGUCUAUUCAGUUGGACUUUUGCUCGGAUCAGUGGCACUUACUGUGUUUGGAAUCCAUGCAAAUAAGUGGAAACUUGACAGGAAAUUAGGCAUCUACGUGUUGUUUCUUUAUGCUGUUUUCCUGUGUUUCUCUAUAUUGAUAGAGUUUAAUGUCUUCACCUUUGUCAACUUCCCUAUGUGCCGAGAAGAACUUUAAGCCACAACAAGGAGAGAGACUGAAAUUCUUCUGAUUUCAUGUGCUGUAAAUGCGAGGAGGCAUUUAAUUUCUCUACCUUCUUUCCAUCAGUAAUUUGAGUGUUGUUCCUGCUUCAUCAGCUAACAAGCACUUCUACCUGUGUGGAAGGAAAGCAUAACUUUCUUUUAACAUGCUAGCUUGAAGCAACCAAAGCAUUUUCCUUCUCUUUGGAUACUGCUGCUCA